AGUGGCAGUAAAGGAGGAAGAUGGCGGGGUGCAGGGGGUCCCCGUGCUGCUGCUGUAGGUGGUGCUGCUGCUGCGGUGAGCGUGAGACCCGCACCCCCGAGGAGCUGACCAUCCUUGGAGAAACACAGGAGGAGGAGGAUGAGAUCCUUCCAAGGAAAGACUAUGAGAGUUUGGAUUAUGAUCGCUGUAUCAAUGACCCUUACCUGGAAGUUUUGGAGACCAUGGAUAAUAAGCACGGUCGCAGGUGUGAGGCGGUGAAGUGGGUGAUGGUGUUUGCCAUUGGAGUCUGCACAGGGCUGGUGGGUCUCUUCGUGGACUUCUUUGUGCGGCUUUUCACCCAGCUCAAGUUCGGCGUGGUGCAGGCGUCGGUGGAGGAGUGCAGCCAGAAAGGCUGCCUCGCCCUGUCCCUCCUUGAACUCUUGGGUUUCAACUUGACUUUUGUCUUCUUCGCGAGCCUUCUUGUCCUAAUUGAGCCAGUGGCAGCGGGUUCUGGGAUACCCGAGAUCAAAUGCUAUCUGAAUGGUGUGAAGGUGCCCGGAAUCGUGCGUCUCCGGACCCUGCUGUGCAAAGUCCUCGGAGUGCUGUUCAGUGUGGCUGGAGGGCUCUUUGUGGGGAAGGAAGGCCCCAUGAUCCACAGUGGAGCAGUGGUAGGGGCUGGCCUCCCGCAGUUUCAGAGCAUCUCUUUACGGAAGAUCCAGUUUAACUUCCCCUAUUUCCGAAGUGACAGAGACAAGCGGGAUUUUGUAUCAGCAGGGGCGGCCGCCGGAGUCGCUGCAGCUUUCGGAGCCCCCAUUGGGGGCACCUUGUUCAGUCUGGAGGAGGGCUCAUCCUUCUGGAACCAAGGGCUCACGUGGAAAGUGCUCUUUUGCUCCAUGUCUGCCACCUUCACCCUCAACUUCUUCCGUUCUGGGAUUCAGUUUGGAAGUUGGGGUUCCUUCCAGCUCCCUGGAUUGCUGAACUUUGGCGAGUUUAAGUGCUCUGACUCUGAUAAAAAAUGUCAUCUCUGGACAGCUAUGGACUUGGGUUUCUUCGUCGUGAUGGGGGUCGUUGGGGGCCUCCUGGGAGCCACAUUCAACUGUCUGAACAAGAGGCUUGCAAAGUACCGUAUGCGAAACGUGCACCCGAAACCUAAGCUCGUCAGAGUCUUGGAGAGCCUCUUGGUGUCUCUGGUGACCACCGUGGUAGUGUUUGUGGCCUCCAUGGUGUUAGGAGAAUGCCGACAGAUGUCUUCCGCAAGUCAAGUCGGUAAUGACUCCUUCCCACUCCAGGUCACAUCGGAAGAAGUGAAUUCCAGCAUCAAGACCUUCUUUUGUCCCAAUGAGACCUACAAUGACAUGGCCACACUCUUUUUCAACCCCCAGGAGUCUGGCAUCCUUCAGCUUUUCCACCAGGAUAGUACUUUUAGCCCCGUCACUCUGGCGUUGUUCUUCGUCCUCUAUUUCAUGCUUGCGUGUUGGACCUACGGCAUUUCUGUUCCAAGUGGCCUUUUUGUGCCUACUCUGCUAUGUGGAGCUGCUUUUGGACGUUUAGUUGCCAACGUUCUCAAAAGCUACAUUGGAUUGGGCCAUAUCUACUCAGGGACCUUCGCCCUGAUCGGUGCCGCGGCUUUCCUGGGGGGGGUCGUCCGCAUGACCAUCAGUCUCACGGUCAUCCUGAUUGAGUCUACCAAUGAGAUCACUUACGGCCUCCCCGUUAUGAUCACCCUGAUGGUGGCCAAAUGGACAGGGGACUUUUUCAAUAAGGGCAUUUAUGACAUCCACGUGGGCCUGCGAGGCGUGCCGCUUCUAGAGUGGGAGACAGAGGUGGAAAUGGACAAACUGCGAGCCAGCGACAUCAUGGAGCCCAACCUGACCUACGUCUACCCGCACACCCGCAUCCAGUCUCUGGUCAGCAUCUUGCGGACCACUGUCCACCACGCCUUCCCGGUGGUCACGGAGAACCGGGGCAACGAGAAGGAGUUCAUGAAGGGCAACCAGCUCGUCAGCAACAACAUCAAAUACAAGAAGUGCAGCAUCCUCACCCGCGCCGGCGAGCAGCGCAGACGGAGCCAGUCCAUGAAGUCCUACCCGUCCAGCGAGCUGCGGAACGUGUGCGACGAGCACGUGACCUCCGAGGACCCGGGCGAGAAGGAGGACCUCCUGCAGCAGAUGCUCGAGCGGAGAUACACUCCCUACCCCAACCUAUACCCUGACCAGUCCCCAAGCGAAGACUGGACCAUGGAGGAGCGCUUCCGCCCACUGACCUUCCACGGCCUGAUCCUGCGCUCACAGCUCGUCACCCUGCUCGUCCGAGGAGUUUGUUAUUCCGAAAGCCAGUCGAGCGCCAGCCAGCCGCGCCUCUCCUACGCUGAGAUGGCCGAGGAUUACCCGCGGUACCCUGACAUCCACGACCUGGACCUGACCCUGCUGAACCCGCGCAUGAUCGUGGACGUCACCCCGUACAUGAACCCCGCGCCCUUCACUGUGUCCCCCAACACCCACGUCUCCCAAGUUUUCAACCUCUUCAGAACGAUGGGCCUGCGGCACUUGCCCGUGGUGAAUGCGGUGGGAGAGAUCGUUGGGGUCAUCACACGGCACAACCUGACACACGAGUUCCUGCAGGCACGGCUGCGGCAGCACUACCAGACCCUAUGACGGCCUGGCUCGGCCUCGCCGCCACGUGCCGGCCCAUCCUCCCCGGGAGCUGCAGCUCGGGCUCCGCCGCCAUGGCUGGCCAGGGCUGUUCCCGGGCACGGAAGAUUCCCAGUCGCCCGCUCGCUUGGAAAGCCUACAAUCAUCGAACACUUUGCCGUCAGAGCUCCCGGGGGCAGCGUCAAGCCAUCAGAGUCUGGACUUGUGUGACCUCUCAGCCACUGUCUUCCCGUUUCCUGCCCCCUGCGCACCCCCAUCCAGUGCCGGCACAGGCCCCGGCCCCUCCUCCCCGCUAGCACCAGGACCAGAGGGGAAGCUGGGCUCACGC